GCAGACAACUUUGACUUAUAACCUAAGAACUAAAUGAAAUUUAAAUGAACUAAUUAGACCUGUUUGUUUAAGUUACGUAGUUUAAUCUAAACUACUCUAAUUAUUAUUGAUAGACUAUCAAAUAAUGCCUAAAAACGAUUCCAAAUCUAAACAAUCAUAUCGGACUGCUUGGGAAUCGCUGCCAGACUUCAAAGGUUGGCUGCGAGCGGUCCCAGAAAACCCAACCAGAGCCUUUUGCAAAAUAUGUAACAAAACUUUGUACGCUCAUAGGCUUGGCUUACUUCACCACAUGAGCACUAGGAAACACACAAAAAAAGCAGAGAUACAGUUUACUCAGAAUGAGCAAAACAAGUCCAUGGAAGAAGCACAAUGUAACAGUGGUAUAGAAUUAAUGCACCCAGGCUUUAACACAGAAACAACUGUUAUUAAUUCUAGCAUGGAAGAAGCUCCUAACCUAUGCAAUGACUCUUUGGCUAAUUCUACACAGCUAGAAUCAACAGUCGAUAAAGUUACAAAGAGCAUUUCACUGCCUCCUAUCUCAACACAUGUUUUAGAUAGUUCAAGAGGAACUCCAGUACCUAAUCUCCGUGUCAGCUUAUACAAACUUAUUAACAGUGGAUGGACUUUGAUCAGGGAAUGUGUUACAAAUCCUUUAGGAAGAUGCAACGAGUUUAUUUCAAAAGAGGAAUUCAAGCCAGGACGUUUCAAGCUACAUUAUGAUGUUGACAGAUAUUUUGAACUUCAGAAGCAAGAUUAUUUUUUCCCGUUUGUCGAGAUAGUUUUUGAUGUUCGGUCACCUCUUGAGCACUAUCACGUUCCUCUGAUCCUGAGCCCUUUUGGAUAUUCAACUUAUCGAGGAAGUUAAAAUGAGGAGAGGGACACCAUCAAACACCUUAUUAUUAACUGUAACUACUGUAUCAAUGAAUUAUAAUAAAAUAAUAUGUAAAAUUUUAAGA